AAACCAUCAGCAACAGCAAACAUCUACUGUUACAGUUUGAAUCUUUCGGAUCUUGUUGCUUGGGUUCGGAUCCUCCAUUCCUCAGAUCUCUCACCCACGAUGCUAUUCUGCUUUUGACACCACAGCUUGGCUUGAAUGAUGGAUCCAAGCAACCUUUUGCCAACUGAUGGACUUGAAGUCCACCAAAAUGGUGUUCAGGAUGAAAGGGAAUGUUCUGAUUGUGUUGUUCCAAAUGUAGACCUUGAUGUCACUGAAAUUAUAGAAACUAAAACUCCGAAUGGAAAUUUUGAAAAUUUCAACAAGUCAGAUAGUACUGCAACUGAUUACUCAUCCAAGGUGGAAGUCAAGGAAGGAUCAAAUGACAAUGUAGACAGCAACAAUGUCACCAUUACCAAGGAAGAGCAAGUGGAAAUUGUAAACCAAGCAGAGCAAGUGAAAGCACAAAAGGGACCUGUCAAGAAUAAGAAUGCAAAGAUUCAAAGCCCCAGAGGUGUUCAUGCAGGUUCAUUAAAAAAGAGAACAGAUGGAAAAGAUGAAAAGACAGCAUAUCUUGUUUCAAAUGGUACUUUCGCAGCAGAAUCUCAUCCAAGACAACCUGUUAAAAACAAAUCAUUCAGUGACAAGCAGACUCGAUUAUCCAAGCACCCCGGAAAGUCUAAUGCAGCAUCUAUGGAAGCAUCAAUGGAAAACACUAGACCGCAAUCAUUGAAGAAGGGGCCCCUUGACAGUCUUCAAGGAGAAGCAGAAUCUUCUACUCCUACUGCAGAAGAUGCGAAAACUCGCAGGAUGGGGACACUCCCAAAUUAUGGAUUCAGUUUUAGGUGCAAUGAGCGAGCUGAGAGAAGAAAAGAGUUCUACUCUAAGCUUGAGGAAAAGAUUCAUGCAAAGGAAGUGGAGGAGAGUAACCUACAAGCAAAAACCAAGGAGACACAAGAAGCUGAGAUUAAGAAGCUUAGAAAAAGUCUUGGAUUUAAAGCAACUCCAAUGCCAAGCUUCUACCAGGAGCCUCCUCCUGUUAGGAUGGAGUUAAAAAAGAUGCCAACUACAAGAGCAAAAUCUCCUAAGCUUGGCCGUAGGAAGAGUUCAACGUAUUCAGAAGAAAACACUGGCAGCAGUGCUCGACAAGGUCGUUUAAGUCUGGAUGAGAAAGUGUCACAGACUAACCCCACUAAAGGAAUUACUCCUGUUCAUCAAAAGAAGCCACAAAGAAGGUCUCUUCCUCCUCGACUGAAUUCUGAAAAGAUAAAUUCAUCCAAUUCAACAGUUGCACGGACAUCAUCUAAGUUAGUGAAUGAUGAGAAAACCCUGUCUAGUGUGAAAACUGAAGUUACCACCUUUUCCGAUGCAACAGGAGAAGAGAAAGUUGAAAUGGCUGCAGCCAUUGAAGAGAACAGUGCCUUAUCCAAUGAGACAAGCAAAGCUCUGCCUCUAAACACGCAGCCGGGUGAAGCAAAUUCUCCUGUGAAUGGUGAUUUAGUCAUUGACAAUAAAUCACAGCUCACCUUGGUACAAGAACCCAUAGCAGCUGAGCAUUAAGCAAGCAGCAGGAACAGAACCAAAUGUUAACUAUUAGAGCAAUUGAUUCAUCUCGUGAAUAUUAUAGAAGCAUAAACUGAGAUUUUUUAACAAUGAAGGCUUGCAGAUUGCUUUGUGGUUUGUGAUGUCAUUGUUCAAGCAGCAUUGUUUCUUGUGUUUACUCCCCAAGCUUGUUGGUUUUGUCCUUGGGAUUCUCUCUCCUCCUUUCAGCAAUGUAUGUAACUAUUUUCCUGAUUUUUCUAGUUUUUGUUAUUUUAGUAUGCAACAGUUUGUCUGUUUAGUUAAUAUGUUGGCGACAAUUUUGAGAUAGUUUGCCAUCAGUGGUUCAAUCACAUUUUGUUUUGUUAAACAAUUGUCGUUACAAAAAAACAACUGUUUUUGUUGUGGACACCCUUCUGAUGAUGUCUUACAACUUUGCUUGCUAUGCAUCAAAUUCAAUCGAUUUUCAGCACCCCUUUCUACCCUAUAACCAAAAUAUGCAUAUGCUCGUCCACAUGCUCAGCCAACUAAAUAGGUAGUUUUUCUUGUUACAAUGUAGCAAUAGUUUAUUAGCUGAUUA